AAACGCGGGUGUUGGUGUGCUGUAAGCUUCGUGUGUGGAAAAUCAUGGAAAAAGGCGGUGAUAAAUCGAAUCAGGUGCGGGUGGACAUUGAAUAUUGCAACAUCUGCAAUUCCAAACCCCAGUGCCUGGAACUGAGCCACCUGAUCAAGGAGCGCAUCCCUGGUGCCCAGGUAGCGUGCAAAAUCGGCCGUCGAGGUUCGUUCGAGGUGCAGAUCAAUGACAGCCUCGUCCACUCGAAGCUGAACUCGCUGGCUUUCCCGGACUACGAGGAAGUCGUAACUAAUGUGAUAGCCGCCAAGGAAGGCCGCCCGGUGGCCAAGGUUAAAGAACAACCCAUCACGGAUUGUGUUGUUCAGUAGGAUUUCGGAUUCAAUCAAAGGUAAGUGUCCUUACAACUCCAAUAAAACCA